GCGCGUCUCCCGCCCCUUCGCGACGCGCUCUUUCCCAGGAGGUUUACUCGGGCGGCAGCGUGCAGCUCUGGUCCGAUUACCUCAAUGUGCGCUUGCAUCCCAAGAGCAUCUACGUCAUCCGCCAGUACAUGCACGAUGGGGAAUGUGGCUGUCUAGAAGCCUUUGGACAAGGCGAAAGUCUCCUGCAGGAUCCUGGCUGCAUAGAGGAGUUGGAAGAUCGGUUGCACUUCUAUGUGGAAGAGUGCGAUUAUCUGCAGGGGUUUCAAGUCCUCUGUGACCUACACAACGGCUUCUCUGGAGUUGGUGCCAAGGUGACAGAACUGCUCUACGAUGAGUAUUCAGGGAAAGGAAUCCUCACCUGGGGCUUGACUCCGGUCAUGAGUAACAUGGGAGAUUCUCAGAAGAAUUUUUACAGACUGAUGAACACAGCCCUGGGCAUCGUCCACCUCUCCAGUCACAGCUCGCUCUUUUGCCCCCUGUCGCUCAGUGGGAGUUUAGGAAUCAAGCCACAACCUCCCGUUACAUUUCCAUAUAUAAACUAUGAUGCAUCACUGGACUAUCAGAGCAGCGCGGUGCUGGCAGCAGCGCUCGAUACCCUCACUGCUCCUUACCGGCUCUGCUCCUCUCAGGGCUCUAUGAUGCACCUGGCUGAAACACUUAACUUCUCUGGGAGAAAGGUUGUGGCUGCGUGGGCGUCUGUUCCCUUUCCUGCCCUACGUGGCUACUCGCUCCCCGAUACUUUAUGCGCCUACCAGCAGGACGUGCCCUGGAAGCUUCUGUCUUCAUGUAGGGAGCGAAAGGUCAGCUGCUGUUUUGCUCAAUCUGUUGUGCUACGAGGAAUUUGCAAAGAAAGUCACAUCAGCAGCUGUCCAGGAAAGCAGCCCACCUCUCCACUCCACACUUGUGAGAGCACGGAGCAGAUUCUGCAGUGUUACUUACACACUCUGUUUCCUGGGGCAUUCAGCACAUCCCACGUGCUUGAGCAGCCCUGUAGUACCCUACCUCCAUACCCCCAGUUUUUUUCUCCUCUUCUCACCAGACAAGGCUUCCUCCUGGACAAACCUCCCAGUUAUUCCUCCACAGCUGUUGAAAGCAUCCCUGUACUCGCAGCCCUGCAGUCUUCACCGGUUCUGCACACGCUCCUCUACAGCUUAUACAAGGAUCUACAGCAGCUGAACAUGCGGCGGUGGGCGAGCUUCUUUGCUGCCGGAGUUGAAGAGGGUGACUUCCAGGAGGCCUUACAGGAGCUAAGAACUCUGUCCCAGUGCUAUGAAACAGGGUUUGAAGCAGAGGAUUCUGAAGAUGAAGCAGAUUCAGACUAA